AUGCUCUCCGAACACGAAUAUAAUAAAACAGUAUGGCAACUUAAACAUAUGCCUAGUGAUAUUACUGGCAAGUACAGAAAAAAUCUUCGUUCAACUCUCAAACACAAAAUUCAUGAACAUGAUUUAUCAUCAGCAUAUCCACCAUUUGAACCUUUACCAUACAUUCCAUAUUUUGUUAAUCGAACAACACCUGAACAAACGUUACAUCAACUUAUCCAAGUUGCAACAACAUCAACUGAAUUUACUCUUGAUACUGAAUCAGUUAAUAUAUAUAGAACAACAAACAAACCAGUCCUUAUACAAUUACAGAUAUUAUUACCGCACAACUUAUCACUUGUUAAUGUUAUUGAAAUGUGCCAUUUACCUCCUGAAAAUCAUAUUUGUUUUAAAUUACUCAAACAAUUGUUUCAAAUAGUCUUCUCGAAAGAAAAACAAGUUUAUAUAUGGGGAAGUACAGAUCAAUUUAAAACAUAUUGGAAUCAACAACACAUCCAUAAAUCAAAUGAAGAAAAUGAUAUUUGUAUUUGUGAAAGUUGUUUAGGAAAACAACCAUCAGAAACUUGGUCUCUCCAAGAUUCGGUAGCACUGGAAUUACACGAAUAUCUUUCAAAAGUAUUAACAAAUCAAAGUUUUGAUAUUGGUCUUGAUCCAAAUCUUCAGCACAUGAAUUCCAGUGAAAAAAAUCAUCGACAACAACUUACUACAUAUGCAUUAUAUGACUGUCUCUCAAUGCAAAGAAUUAUCAUAUCGAUGAAAAAUAAUAAAUUCAAAUUUAUAUCUUCAAAUGAAAAUACUCGAUCUGUUUAUUUUGAACUUUCACCAAUUAUAUCAAUUGAUGAUGGUGAUGAUAUUUUUUCAAUCGAACAACCUACUGUUCAUCAAUCAAAUAAACGAAAAUUUUAUUUUACAAAUCAUGAUAAUUCAACCAAUAAAAAUUCAUCAGAAAUUGAAACAAAUGCUCCAUCUACAGAAAUUUCUAUAAAUAAUUCUCAAUUUUCAUUAACAAAAAUUGAUUCAAUUCCAUCAUCUACUUAUGCACGAACAAAUUCACCUGAUUGGAAUUUCACAUCAUCCAAUAAUAAUAAUCCAAUAACAUUUGAUCCAUCAAGUGAACAAUCAAUAUCUACUCAUCCACCUCAAGUACAUACAGAAUUAACACCUGAACAAAAGAAAAAGAUCCACAAUAAAACAUGCACAUUACGUCAACGACAGCGUUGUUACAAACACGAAUUGAUCUUCAAGAACAUCGAUCGUCGAUUUACCAUCAGAAAAAUCAAAAAUAUUCUUCGACAACACAACAUCUCCUUCGAUGCUAAUGCAGUUAAUACAUCGAUAUCAAGAAAAACAAAUAAAAAACAAUUAUACGUCGGUAUUCGUGAACCAUCACUUCUUGAAGAUUAUAAAGCACAAACAAAACAUUUUUUUACAACAAAACAUUAUCAUCGUCUUCAACAACAUCGACAUAAUUCUUAUCGAAAUCGUCAUUAA